AUGGCGACGGUAGGCUCUAUUCAGGAAUUUGACACUUCAAAUCCAAAUUCAUUCGAGUUAUAUGCUAAUCAAAUUACUUACUUUUUGGAAGCUAAUUCUAUCGAAGAUGAUAAAGAACAUUUUUGUCCUAAAUCUUCAGAAAUAUUUCGACGUUUCAAGUUUCAUAAAAGAUUUCAAUCAAAGUUAGAAUCUGUGAAUGCUUACGUUACUGAGUUAAGAAAGCUGGCCGAAGAUUGUAAUUUCGGAGAAACUUUGUCAGAACGUUUACGAGAUCAAUUAGUCUGCGGUAUUCGCGAUGAAGAGGUUCAAAGAAGAUUAUUGGCUGAAUCCAAAUUAACUCUUGAAAAUGCCAUUUCUGUUGCAGUAGCAUCUGAGGUUGCGGCUUCCCAAUCAAAGCAUAUUCAUACCCAAAAUUCUUCUUAUUCUGAGAAUUCGGAUGUAGUUGAUUUUGUACGUGGUUGUAGCAAAUCGCAAACUCAAAAUUCUAAAGUGUGUUUCGGUUGCGGUGGUAAACAUGAACGUUCAACGUGUAAAUUCAAAAAUGCAAUAUGCCAUUCUUGUGGUCUUAAGGGUCACAUUGUAAAAGUUUGUCGGAAGAAAAAUAAAUUUGAAAAACAGCGUGCAAAUGAAAUUGAAGUUCAACCGGAUUAUUUGAAUGUUUUAAGUUCUCAAUCUCCGAGAAAAACGUUAUUGUUGUGGUCGAUAAGGAAAAAUUAG